AUGGGUCCAGUCAUGAUGUCAGGGACGAAAUCUGCAAACCUAAUUGCAACGCAGCUCGAUGAAUGUGUAACAGAACAGACAAGUCGGGAGUCAUUAUUUCGAGUCGCCUUUCGAGACUUUCUGGAACUGUUGAGGACAGUCAUCGUCAUCAUCAUAUCAUACCAUGGGGAUUGUUCGGCGGCCGCCGAGGCAGCGCCGGCUCUUGAUGUGUUUUCUGGGGUCGAAGAAUUUGUUUUCAAAUGGGAAUUGUCCGAACAGCCGACGCAUUUCUUUGGAAAUUGGAAUCAAUAUCUCGGCCUAUUUCCAGAAGCACCGCGAGCUAGAAUGAAGUAG